AUGAUCUACCAGUCGCUCGUUCUUAUACUAGGCGUCAUGAUCAAUGUAUUUGAACACGAUCCUACUGCUGGUAACAUCCUUCAGGUAUCCCUGGAUAGCGGUGAUAGUCCACUUGACAAGCUGAUCAAGCUGUUUUUGGACCACCGCGAUGCUACGGCCGAGGCCGAUUCGGAAGAGAAAGGAGCCCUAAACGUUGCGUUUGGUUACCUCUCGCUGCUGCUGGGCUACCUCACGCUGUUCGAGCCAAUCCGAGAUCGAUUUGGCUCAAUGCACCGCGGGCGAAACAUCGAGCCUCUGCUCAGCUCGAUCAAGGAGUUCAUCUCGUACCACAAAAAGGUCGCAGAAGGGCUUGCUGCGCAGGGAGGAGGAGAUGGCGGCUUCACGGAGAAGUUGCAAGGUCUGGUAGACCGCCUGGAGAGAGGCUUUUAA